AUGCCUCCCUACGUCCCACGUCAAAUGACUGCAGAAGAGGCGGCAGGUAAGUAACAUAUUCUACAUUACUACAUGAUACACCAUAUUAACCAAGACCUAUAGCGAAGAAGGCAAGACUCGAUGCUCUCUUCGACGAGGCCGAGGCCGAAGAGGAUUUGGAGGCAGAAAAGAAGCGUUUGGAGGAGCAGAAAUACAAGCGCGGCAUUGAACUGCACAAGGAAAAGAUGGCGCUUGAAGCUGCAGUGGAGAAGCGUCUUGCAGCUGAAGCAAAAGCUUUGAGAGCAGCGAAGAGGAAGAAGAAAGAGCAGCCGGACAAUACCGAGGAGGAUACCUUGUCCAAGGAAGAGGGAGUUGCUCCCGUUGAGGUUCCAAAGAAGAAGCCGGCAGCUACCAAGAAGAAGGCACCUGUUCCUAAGACCCCCAAGGCCCCUCCUACUCCAAAGGCCCCGAAGGCUCCCAAAGCUAGCGAGGUCAAGUCUCCUGUCCAGCCCGUCUACUACUCUCCUAUCAAUAGUGGCGAAUCGUCGACAUUCCAACACCCAUUCGGUCCUCCAACCACCAAUAAUGAAUCAACGCCAACCCAUAACCAAUUUGAAGCUCCUGCCGAGACAGGUAAGUGACAUAUUUGUAUUGCUCUUUACCACCUUUACUAACAGAUAGAAAGUUGCUCCUGCUCCGGUCCGCGCCAAGAAGAAGAGAAGACAGAAGAGAGUAACCACCGUGGCAAACCAAUAUGAAUUGGAUCUUGCCAACCGAGAGAGUAUGAGAGCGGCGUUUGGAAACAUGAAUGCCAAAUAUGCAUGGAUGAAUCCUGGUGGAGCAGCCGCUGCUCCUCCUCGUAAAGCACCGGUCAAUCAAGUCGGUAGUACUCUGCAAGCUCCGAUUUCUCUCGACUCGGAUGACGAGAAAGAGGUUGUCAGUACUCAAAAGCCGGUUCAGGUGGCAGGUGAGAAUCCUACAAUAUUCGACAAGAACUUUCUGCUAACCAUGAAAUCUCAGAUACAACUCUCGCACAAGUCGAAAAUGGCCUGGCUGGUUCAGUUGAUGUUACUGGCGUACAAAACAACUCAACUGAUGUAAAUGGUGAAAAUGAUGAUUUAGAAGCUGAAUUGGAAGCUGCUUUUGACGAUGACGAGCUUUUCCCCGCAGAGCAUGAAGUUGAUGUUGGCGUACAAAAAGACUCGGCUAAUAUAAAUGGUGAAAAUGAGGCGGGCAAUUCUCACACGAAAAGUGGCGAUCUUAAAGUAGAAGACGAUGAUUUGGAAGCUGCAUUAGAAGCUGCUUUCGACGAUGACCCCGCAGAGGUUGAAGUUGAUACUUCAAACGUCAAAUCCCCUUUAGGUAAGCACCGUAUACUUAUCCCCGCAGUCAAUUAGUGCUAAUGUCUUUACUAGAGCCCAGUAAGCCUACCCCCAAAGGAAAUCGUAAACACGAAGUUGCGCAAUCAUACCCACGACAGCAGACGUACAAGGAAAUCACCAAGCAGCAGGGCGAAGUUUACUCCGAUGACGAGGAUGAGGAGGACUCCGACGAGGAUAUUGAAGCCUAUAUGCUUAGGCAGGGUUACACCAUAGAAGAAGAGGACAAAGCCACGGAGGCGCCUGUUGUCUCUUCAACAGGACCUCCCACGGCAAACACCAACCAGGAAGGUGCCAUUUACUCCGAGAAUGAGAGCGAGAAGGACUCCGACGAGGAUAUCGAAGCAUAUUUGCUUAAGAAGGGUUACACCAAAGAAGAAGAGAAUGAAACCACAGGCGCUUCUGCUGCUUCUUCAACAACAGCACCCACGGCAAACACCAACCAGGAAGGCGCCAUUUACUCCGAGAAUGAGAGCGAGGAGGACUCCGACGAGGAUAUCGAAGCAUAUUUGCUUAAGAAAAGUUACACCAAAGAAGAUGAGAAUGAAGCCACGGGCGCUUCUGCUGCUUCUUCACCAAGAAAGCCUAUGGCAAACAUCACCAAUAUCCCUCAGGAAACUGGCUCCGCAAGUUCAAACAAGCGGACUCGUGACGAAGAAGACGAGAAGCAAAACGCGCCUCAGACCUCACCUCGACUGACCAAGAAACCUCGUGUCAAGAAGUUCAAUUCACAGACCUCGCCAGUGGCACAGACAGCUUUCACCAACACCACUCAAGGGACUGCCUCCGCCAAAUCAAACAAGCGAGCUCGAGCCGAGCAAGAAAAGGGGCAAGAUGGACCGAUGAAGAAGCCUCGUGUCAGCAACUCCAAUCCACAGCCACCGGCUCCCGUAGCAUCCGAAAGUUAUGCGCCGGAAUAUGUAGCCCCUAUGAGCAUAGCUGAUAACUUUGAUGCAUCUCAAUCAGCGCUAUUUCGGAAUCCUGACGGGUCAUUUGACCACGAGGCACACGUACAAUGGCAACUUACUCUGGGACCUCUCAAUCUUAAGAAGAAAAUUCGCGUUCCGAGAGGCAAAAGAGGAGAGGAGAGAAUGUCAACGUAA